UUCUUCGAUCGAUCCCCUCUCUUCUCUCUCUCUUUCUCGCGUCGUGUGAAGCUCCUCCUCCUCUCUCUCUCUCUCUCUCUCUCUCUCUCUCUCUCUCUCUGUUGGUAGUGGGGGAGAUGAGGUUGGUGGGAUUAACGGGAGGGAUCGCCUCGGGCAAGAGCACGAUCUCCAAUCUCUUCAAAUCCAACGGCGUCCCCGUCGUCGACGCCGACAUCGUCGCCCGCGAUGUGGUGAAAAAAGGAUCUGGUGGUUGGAAGAAGGUUGUAAAGGCAUUUGGAAAUGAUAUUUUAUUGGAAAAUGGAGAAAUUGAUAGAGCUCGCCUAGGGCAAAUUGUUUUCUCUGACCCGGAGAAGCGUCAACUUCUCAAUCGUAUAUUAGCUCCAUACAUAUCUUCCGGCAUUUUUUGGGAGAUAGCGAAGCUAUGGUUUAAAGGAGCUAAAGUUAUCGUCCUCGACAUCCCCCUACUAUUCGAGGCUAAGAUGGAUCGAUGGACCGCUCCUACAAUCGUUGUGUGGGUCGACCCAGAAACACAAAUAAAUCGCCUUAUGGUGAGGGACACCAUUUCUGAAGAGCAAGCCAGAAAUAGAAUAAACGCUCAGACUCCGCUCGAAUGGAAAAAGACGAAGGCCGAUAUAGUGAUCAAUAACUCAGGUACGGUCGACGAAACCAAAUUGCAGUUUGAAAAGGUUUUAACCCAAAUUUCUCGACCCUUAAGCUGGAAAGAGUUUGCAAUAUCCAGAGAUGGGCUCCUCUCGAUUCUUAUAUCGGUUACUGUAGGUGCUUUAGCCUUGCAGAAGAAUUUAUCUUGCUGAUGUUUCUUAUUUGUCGUCCACCUUCUCCUGUUAAUUUAAUCACUGUUGCUCACAAUACAGGAAAUUUGGUUUGUUUUGUUGCUUUUGUAACUUGUUAACAAUUACUGCAACACACGGUUUUCUAUGUAAAUUCAUUUAUUAGAAUGCAAGUGCUCUUUUUUCUCCACUAA